CAAGAUAGAUACGCGACCAAAACUCGCUGAAUGUGCACCGGGCGGACCUAAAAUUGAAACUUCACUUCGCAGAAUUUUUCUUGGAUCUUCAGUGAAAGGAUGUGUCACACGGAGUGAUCUAAGCAUUACAACAUACAGCAUAUCUCUUGCUCUUGCUUUCUCAUUGCCCUAACUAUCUAUGACAGGACAAAAAAUUCAAUUGAACAUAUAUCGCACGUGUCACAAGUUCACUUCCAAAAGAUAUUUUUCAACGAAGCCAAAUUGUACAAAAAGUAAAGUACUUCUUUUCCUAAAACAAAACCACAAUGACUAUCACCCAGAUCAACAGAAAGAGUGCCAAUAGCCUCGUUCGAAAUGCCCGACGCGUGCAGCAAAACAACAAUGGAAACUAUGAAGGCUACUAUAAUGGAAAUGCCGGGGGUGGAGGUGGCCAAGAUAUGAAGGAAGCGUGGUUCUUAGCGGAUUAUUCGCUCAAGAUGAUUUCUUGUCUCCCGAACGAACAGUCUGUCAACUACGAAGGAGGAGAGGUCGAAAGUAGCACAGUGAUUUUCCGCCUCUGUCCAAAAGAUACCUGUACCGGCUCGGACGGCAGUGACACAUUGGGAUGUGAUUCCGGCUUUGGAGACUUCGCCAUUGGAAUCAACACAUUUGUCCAGGCCUACACGGAAAGUGUCAAGGACAAUUACAACAGCAAUAUGCAGUUCUACUCUUAUUCUUAUGGGGAAUUCAAUGUAGAGGAGUACACUCGUGAGUGCAAACUCUUUGAGGGAGAGGAAGGCGAGGGUGCCGGAGGUGACAGGAACAACAAUUACUACAAUUUGUACAAUAACAAUUCGUACGUUGGUGUUGCUUGCACCGAGGACGGGAAAGAUAUUCGAUUAGCCUCUUUCAGCGACCAGGUAAGUAACAAAUACCAAGUAACUACGACGACGAAUGAUACGAAUUAUUAUUCUGUACAUUUUUCUCACCAUUCAAACGCUCAACCAAAACUCUGACACACAAAACAGUACUGUGCACAAGAAUCGACAACUUCUUUCGCUAGCAGCCACAACGGGAUGGAGUUGCCCUAUGCCAGUGGUGGUCUUGUUCCUGACACGUGCAUGAAUUGCAUUACCACUAACGAAAACUACGAAAAUGAAAUCACCGAGAUGUGCCGAAGUACUUAUGAAGACGCUACGUCAAGAUGUGAACAAAACAUGGAAUCCUACAAUUCUUACUACGGGCAAGACACCCGGGGAUGCGAAUACAUUGAAUCCAAGUUGGCGUCCUCAAGCACUAGCAAAAACACUGCGUCGGGCUUUUUCCGCAACCAACCGGAGGGCCUCAAACUGGCAGAGGAGUACAUUGCCCUUCUAGUCGUAGCAGGCUUGGUGGGCGCUGGGCUUGUGUUCUUCUUUACCAAAAAGGCCGUCUGCAAACAUCGAAGUGGAGCUGGAAAGGAGCAACCUGAUGGCGAGUUUCAGGACGAACCCGAAUUCACCCAACCUAGUAUUACCUUGAGUAUUCCUCCAGCCGUCUCUGAUAUUGCGGUCUCGGUUAAAUCUGCGGUUCAGGACACGGCAGCCAAGGUUGUGUCGAUGGCAAAGGGCCCUUCUACUGCGGAACAGACCGGUAACUACAGCGCCAUGAAUGAUAUCACCGGUGUUGCUGAAGCUUAAACAUACCUAGCUGCUGCGGUGUGGUGUGCCUCGAAAUUCCUUUUCGGAAAUCAAGAUGGCUUCAAAAUUCAAGAUGUAUGUGUAUAAAUUUAACUUAGAUUC